AAAAUCUCACUCCCCACGCUGCAUCACUGCAAUGCCUCCGCGCAUUCACAGUCGUCCGAUCUAGGGUUUAAUCGGAAAUGAAGAUGAUCACACUCUGUUGAGCAAUCCAUCAAAUGCCAGGUUUUUGGUUGGAUGUGACCGGGGCAUCUCAAUUCGGUUUUGGGCUUGAUUUGAAUUUGGCGUGUCAAGAUUUGCAUUCUAUUUCUGGCUGCGUUUUGGCUGGGAUUUAAGUAGAGCUGGGCUAUUGGUUUAUGCUUGAAUAGAAUGGAUCUGACGUGGCUGAGUGCCAUUCUAGUUGGAGCAGGCUGCCUUGCUUUGGGAUAUCUGAUUGGUACACGUUAUCCUGCCCGCUUCUUAGUCUCAGCCACGUUAGCUAAAGACACUGCAGUUGUUGGUGAUGCAAACAAGAAGAAUCAGCUCCAAAAACUAGAUGAGAUUGAAAAGCUAGCAGACAUUCUUGAAGAUUUCAAAAUGGUCUUGGUUGUGAGGAAUGACUUAAAGAUGGGUAAAGGAAAGAUUUCUGCUCAAUGCAGUCAUGCAACUUUGGGUCUCUACAAAAAGCUCCUUCGUCGGGCACCAAAAGCUUUAAACAGGUGGGAGAAUUGUGGGCAGGUUAAGGUGGUCUUGAAGACCGAAAGUGAGGAGGAUAUGCUAGUUUUACAAGGGAGGGCAAAAUCACUCCAGUUGCCGAACCAUAUUACCAUUGAUGCAGGAAGAACACAGAUUGCACCAAAUAGCAGAAUAGUGCUGCAUCGGAUGCAGAAGCCGGAAACAGGAUCUCUGGAAUUGUUGAAGAAAGGAGUAGAAUGUACUAGAGACGGAUAUUACAAAGCAUCAUAAGAUUGUCACAAUAGGUGCCUAGGAAGCAUUUGUAAGCAAUUUUUUGACACUUGGAAGUUUCUAGAAUCAAGAAUUAGCAUGAACAACAAAUCACUUGCAUGAGUGAUUGUAUUAAUGGUGAAAUUUUGUGGUACUAUGAAUUCGUGAAUACUGAUUGCUUUUACAGUAAUCAAACUGUUGACUUGUCAUGAAUCUUAGCAAAGCAAGUACAAGUUUGAAAGUAACCAUCCUCGAGAUAGGAAAUGAGCCCCUGACAAUGGCUGUAAUUUGAUUCCCUGAUUGUAACUUUGACCGUACAAGUUUUGAGAAUUUGGCUGAUUCUCGAGGAAUGAGGAAGCAUUGAUAGUGUGGAUCUGAAAUCUGCAUAAUGCUUCCCACUUCA